AAUGUGUUGGAUAUUCGAAAGUUGAUCUUUGAUUAGGACACACUGCGAAACAUAUUUCUUUUUGCGGUAAACUGUAAAGCACUAAAGCGUAGCCGCGUAGGAGGAGUCCCUGCGGCUUGUAGAUCGUUUUGACAAACUAAAUUUCUUUCCCAUUAAAUUUAAAUUCGUUUUAGUAGCUGCAGUGUAGUAAUUUUAAAAUAGAUAAUCAUAAAUCCAGAUAUGGGAUCAAUAGUUCUAAAGAGUCUUUCGGUUCUACUUGGUAUUUUUUUCCUAUUUGUAGGUACUCUGAAAAUGAGUCCUGUCAUCAGUAAAGAGCUACACAAGGAUCUCCGAAAGGACUAUGUUAAGUAUGCCAAAGUAUUUCCAUUAUCUAAAAUGAUAGAUUUUAAAGUGCCAGCCAAAUGGUAUAGAAGAGCUGUCGGUGGAACAGAAGUAUUAAGUGGUGUUUGCUUGGCAUUUGUUCCUUAUAGAAAUGUUAAACAAGGGGCGAAUAUAACUCUUUUGAUGUCACAUUUAUUGGCUGUUUAUACACACUAUGCAGCCAAAGAUAAAUUUGAACGGAUGGCUCCAGCAUUAGUAUUUUUAUUCAUGUUAGCUGGACGAUUGGUUAUUGAUUAUCAAUUGAGGCGCAAAGAACUGGCAGAAAUUGCUGAACCUAAAGCUCAAAAACAAGAAUAGAAAGAUAACAACUUUUCCCAAACUU